AUGUUCGGCAAGAAACCAGCCAACUCGGGCCGCCUCCAAGGGCUGGGCUACAUCAUCCUCAACAUCAUCCGGGUCAUCAAUGUCCUCAUCCUGUCCAUCAUCGGUGCCGCAUCAGUGGUACUCAUGGUCGUGGCCAAGCUGCCCAACGGCUUCACCUUCUUCAAUGACAUUGCCCUGUUUUUUGUGGUUGGAGUCUGCGUUGUUCUUGUUUUGGCAGAGACGGAAUUCGAAAGGAUCCACCGCUUCCUCGACCAGACAUUUCCUGUCAUUGGUCCCAACCGAGGCUUGACUUGGCUGGGACUCGCCAUGAUCAUCAUGGGGUCGCACACUCUCGGUCAACUCAGCGACUCUCGCAACAUCCCGCAGAAGAUGGGUCUUCCCUUCUGGCGCCUCUGCAUUGCGGCUGGUAUCUUGGCCAUCGUCUUCGGCUUCCUGAACAUCAUCACUUCAUGGCUCUACUCCAAUAAGGGUAGUGGCCUGUGUGCUCGGGAGGUCAGACGCGGAGGCGCUACCGUCGAGAACGUCAAUUGGAAAGACCACUCCAGCCAGCGCAGCAACUCGGUCCGCAAGGAAAAGUCGAAGAGCAAGUUCUUCGGCGUCUUCGGUGGCGGCAGGGACAAGGACACCAAGAAGCCCCAGAUCAGCGGUCCCAUCAAUACUUCUGCAUACGACCACGACCUCGAGGCGGGUUGCUCCGAUGACGAGUCGGCCUACCAUCCCGAAGUCAAGACGUCUCCUAUCGUCCCCAACCUCGUGAGACCCGAGUCUUCUCACCACCCCUACAACCGAGGGAACUAUAUUCCACGGUACAGCGAGGCGUCACACAUCCCACGAUUUUGA